AUGAAAAGUGUAGCAGUUUCGUUGUCUCAUGUUAUCCGCAAGAAAAACGAUCGACGAGUCUCGGCGUCUCCUCCUUCUUCGCUCGUCUUCGCCGUUCGCUCGUCUCCUUCUUCUUUGAUCAUCAUCAUCAGGUGGGUUUACCGGUUCUGGAUUAGCGGAGCUGAAGCCGGGGCUUGUGACAAUGGGUUGCGUCUCCGAUCUCGCUUGCAAAGAGACGUUCUCAGGCUACAGUUCAUGGCGCAGUUCUGUAGAUCCACGAUUCCGAACGAUUUCGAAUCUUCUAGCCAUGAACAAAGCCAUGAAAGCGAGUCUGAACUGCUAAGGUUUGAAGAUGAAGAGGUUGAAGAAAGCUAUCAGAGGCUGAGGGAAAGGGAGAUAAGUCAUGCAUAAGGCUUACUGCUCCACCAUGGACCAUACUGAUCUCAUCCCACAUCUAUGCUUGAUCAUGGUUCAAUGGAUUUUGCAGGUGAACAUUAUCAUUAUAGUCUUAUAUGCAUUUGGCUAGAUGUAUAUAUCAGUGGAGAAUAACAAAU